AUGGGUGCAAUGAGAAUACCUACUUGGCACAUACCUUUUUUUGAAUUGAUUGAACAUUUAAAUUCUUAGAUUGAUGGUUAGAAAGACUUAACAAGGGGAAUGCAGAAAUUGGAGAUAGCAGACUACUUUAUGGACUCUUCGGAAGCAAAUGAUGGUUCUAAAAUUAUAAAAGGUGGCAAUAUUUACUUUAGAAAACAGGAUGAUGCAGCAACAAUGGACUAUCAUCAACAAUUUUCCAUUGAUUAACUCUCUCAGACCGGAUAUCAGAAAAAUGAGAUUGAAUUUAUGAACUAUUUAGAAGAACUAAAGAGAAAAUAUAAAAUAGCAAUACUAAAAAAAAGUGCAAAGACAGGCUAUUCUUGGAUUUACGGAGGCAAAACUUGA